CAUGAAGAGGGGGUAUGGAGUGUAAUGCGCGAGCCAAGAACAAAGAAAUCUCUGCACAUAAAAAGUUCCAGUCUUCAGAUCUCGCAGUCGGCUCGCAACACUUUUAACUUUCUAGUCCACAGACCUCGCGCUUCACUUCGGGUCGCAGUUGUUUCGCCGUCCAGUCGGCUUUGCUCUGCGAAUCGGACCGUGGCAGGUUGCAUGCUCAACAGAAUCCAUCGCGAUGUGGUUCUCUCGAGGACUUUUCUACAGCUCUCUCACCCUCAACGUCUUCCUGUGCCUGAACUCGUUGCCGGUCGUGGAGAAGGAGCGCGCGGACAAAAGCCAAACAUUGGAGUCCUUAUGGCCCGGCGUGUCCCUGAGGAAGAGCCGACAGGAGGACGCUGCCCCCUGGCGCGGAGAUGCGGCAGUGCAGGAGAGUCUCAAGACACCUGUGUCCAACAGUGACACCAGGAGGAGAGAUGUGGGACUGCAGGAGCGCCAUCCCCAGGACACCCUCAGCAGCAACCCCCAGAGGAGAGAUCAGGACACUUCCCACCACAGGAGAGAUGAGGUGUCGCAGGACACUGCCCCCCAGAGGAGAGAUGAGGUAUUACAGGACACUGGAGCCCAGAGGAGGGAUGUGUCCAGGCGGCCGCGGUGUGGCGUGCCCGACUACCCCGCUCAAAGAGGCCCGCUGGCUAGCAGGAGACCUGACACUGCCCCCCAGAGGAGGCGAGAGGUAGCGCAGGCUGGCAGGAGACUCAAGCGCUACGUGCUGUUCGGCGGGCGCUGGGAAAAAAACGACCUCACCUACAAGAUCGUGCGGUUCCCCUGGCAGAUGGAACCGGCUAAAGUGCGUCGUGUCUUCCUGGAUGCUCUGCGCGUCUGGAGUGACGUCACACCUCUCACCUUUACUGAGGUCACCACAGCUGAGGCGGACAUAGUCAUCGACUUCGACAGGUAUUGGCAUGGGGAUAAUCUGCCGUUCGACGGGCCGGGAGGAAUUCUGGCCCAUGCCUUUUUCCCCCGGACACAUCGAGCUGGUGACAUCCACUUUGACUACGACGAGGCCUGGACUGUCGGCAACGACAUGGGUACAGACCUAUUGCAUGUUGCUGUGCAUGAGUUUGGUCACGUUUUGGGGCUGCAGCACUCUCUGGAGCCGGGAGCCGUCAUGUCGCCGUUCUACAAUUUCUCCUACCCAUUGGAGCUCAGCCCAGACGACAUCCAAGGCAUCCAAUACCUGUACGGCCCUCGGCCUUAUGUCCCGCCCCCGCCACAUCCAGGAAGUGUAGAGACCAAUGAGCUGCCACCCCAUAAGCCGGACGCGUGCCACUCGGACUUCGAUGCCGUGUCUGUGAUUCGUGGCGAGCUUUUCUUCUUCAAGGACGGUUGGACGUGGCGUAUCCGUGACGACCGGCUGCAUGACGGCUACCCAGCCCUGGCAUCCCGCCACUGGAGAGGAAUCCCAGAGCGCAUCGACGCCACAUUUGAGGACAAGGCGGGAAACAUAUGGUUCUUCCAGGAUCAUCUCUAUUGGGUGUUCGAUGCAGAGCAGCAAAUCAAGGGCCCUGAUUGGUUGCAAAGUUUGGGGCUGCACGACACACGUGUGGAGGCGGCGCUGCGCUGGCGUGAGGGGGCGGGGCAUCAUAUCUACUUCUUCUCAGCCGGCAGCUAUUGGCUCUUCGACCCGACGCAGAGCCACAUAGACCCUGCCUUCCCGCGCCUUGUACGCCAGGACUGGCACGGCAUCCCCGAACACAUCGAUGCAGCCUUCCAGGACCAAUAUGGUUAUGCCGUGUUCAUUAGCGGUCGCCACUACUGGAAGUUGGACCCGGUGGGCCGGCGGCUGUUGCCUGGAUACCCGCGCCUCGUCAGCACCGAUUUCUUCGGCUGCCAUGGUGGCACCUAGGCUCCAGGAUGGCAGGAGGACAUCAGUAGCACAUGUGCCUCCC